UUUCUUUGCCUUCUUUCCUUGUCCUCUUUGAUUUAGUUGCAACCGCACAGACACACAUAUAUUUCUAACACAUUGCCCAAUCAUUCUUCCCUCAUAAGGCACCAUGGAGGGAAGAAUAAUGGGGUUCUUGUUUCUGAUUGUGUUGAGUGCUAUCUGGACUUGUAAUGCAAAUGAACUUGCAAAACCAGAUGAAUGGAGCAUCACCAUAAUAACUUCUGAACUAAACAGAGAUUCAGGUAUGUGUGAAUUUUGUGAGGAAUACGUGGCUGAGGCACUUGAUUAUCUUACUGAUAACAACACACAAAAUGAGAUUAUUGGUGUCCUUCAUAAUUGUUGCUCUUAUAUGCAGUUUUACAGCAAUGAGUGCACCAAAUUGGUGGAUUAUUAUGUUCCUCUUUUCAUCUCAAAAAUAGCUUCAAUUGAUCCUCAAGAACUCUGCAAAGACGCUAACAUAUGUCCAUUCAUACUAAAUGUUCAAGAAGAUAGCUGUGCCAAGUGCAGAGCUACUGUUUCCGCCAUACUCGUUAAGUUGAAAGAUCCUGAAACACAGAUAGACAUAAUGAGGGCAUUAAUGAAGGCUUGCAACAAUAUGGAGGACUUAAAGGAGAAGUGCAUGAGGGUGGUUUUUAAGUAUGGACCUUGGGCAAUUGUAAAUGCAGAGAAGUUACUCAAGACAACAGAUAUAUGCACUCAGUUACAUGUUUGCAAGGAAGAAGCCUCAUUUGAAAUUGGAAAUAUAAAUCCAACAAGGUGUUUGAAGAAACAAAUUUCUUAUAUUCCUUGUUAA